CCGAGUCGGGCUGGUACCUAUCAGAUGAAGGGAUUGAGGCUUGCACAAACUCAUCUGAAAAAGUCAACAUCAACGAUAUUAUCCUGAUUGCACUUAAUACAGAUUUAAGAGCCAUCGGUAAGAAAUUUCUCCCGAGUGACAUCAACGGCGGAAAAGUAGAAAAGCUAGAAGGCCCCUGCGUUCUGCAGAUUCAAAAAAUCCGCAAUAUUGCCGCUCCGAAGGACAAUGAGGAAUCUUCGGUGGCCCCCAGAAUGCUGCGCUUGCAGAUGACCGAUGGACACACCAGCUGCACGGCAAUAGAAUAUACUUACAUGUCAAAAAUAAGUCUGAACACACCUCCUGGAACAAAAAUUAAGCUGCUGGGAAUCGUGGAAGUAAAAAAUGGCUUUCUCCUUCUGGAUGACAGCAACACGGUGGUUCUAGGAGGUGAAGUGGAGCAUCUGAUUGAAAAAUGGGAGUUGCAAAGGAGUUUAUCGAAACACAACAGAAGUAACAUAGGAACGGAAGGAGGGCCUCCUCCCUUUCUCCCUUUUGGACAGAGAUGCGUAUCUCAGCUUCAAGUGGACAGCAAGGAGUUGGACCGCCGAAAAACCCUGCAAGUCACCAACGUGGUGAAACCGAUGGGCGACAACGACGAAUUUGAAAAACAGCGGACCGCUGCUAUUGCCGAAGUGGCCAAAAGCAAGGAGAUCAAGACUUUUGGCGGCGGCGGUAGUAACACCAGAAGCAACCUCAGUUUGAAUGCUGGAGGGAAUCGAAGCAGAGACGUAUUCCAGAAGGAGAAAACGAAGCCUGAAGGAAAAAAUGAAGGUGUCUAUCGUGAAUUGGUUGAUGAAAAGGCUCUCAAACACAUAACAGAAAUGGGCUUUAGCAAAGAAGCUGCACGACAGGCACUUAUGGACAAUAGCAACAACCUUGAAGCUUCAUUAAAUUUCCUCCUCAACAGCAAUAAACAAGCGACCACUCAAGGGCCGCCCCCUAGAGGAAAAGGAAAGGGGAGAGGCCGCGUAAGACCGGAAGAUGAGGAAGAACUCGGAAACACCAGGCCGUCUGCCCCAAGCACGUUGUUUGACUUUCUCGAGUCAAAAAUGGGGACCCUCACAGUAGAAGAACCAAAGGUACAGGUGGCCUUGCAGCAGCACGGAGCCCAGAGGGUGCCCAACGCGGAGCAGAACGGCGUAAAAGCAUACAGCCAUCCAAGGCACGUUCCUCGAAGUGAACCCCGACUGCCGAGGAACGAGAAGCCACCUCGCUUUCAAAGAGAUAAUCAGAACCCAAGACACAACGUGGACGGAAGUGGCUUUUCGAGGGCCCGGCCUUCGGAAAGGCCGAACUCCCAGGGCCCCGAUCAGUGGACGGAGGAGAAAAACAAGUGCGACAGACUUUAUCCUCGGAAAGAUUUUGGGUACCCCACCGCUGGCCAUUCGGGGGACCUUCAUUUCAAGAGGAGGGAGACCCCCGUGCAAAACCGGCCGGGGAAAAUUGGUUCGCUCCUUGAAAUGAAAGAGAACUCCGUCGGCCAAGAUCCAACCGACAACAACCAUCAGAAACAAAGAAGUCAGCUACAUCCCCCCAACCAUUUCUGCGAUAGGAAGACGUUGAUCCUCGCGAGCGAUUCGUUUACCGGCUUAAAAAACGAGCCGCCGUUCGGUCUGGCCGUAGACUACCCGAACCCAGUUCGAACUGAUCCCUUUUGUUCCGUACCCAAUGGCGAUUUGGAACAUUUCCCCAAAGGGAGGCGGGUCGGACCCAUUAAAAUGCCUCCUCCCCAUAUGGCCGUGCCCUUCGAUGUCAAAAUGUACUAUGACCCCGGUCCCAAAAAACGAUCCGGGCCCAUCAAGCCGGAAAAAACGUCGGAGCCCCCUGUUUCGGGAGAAUACGGGAAAAGCUGGCAAGUGGGAGACGAGUGUUUUGCUCUUUAUUGGGAAGACAAUAAGUUUUACCGGGCAGAAAUUGAAGCUCUCCAUUCUUCUGGGACAACUGCUGUUGUUAAGUUUUGUGAUUAUGGAAACUAUGAAGAGGUGUUAUUAUGCAACAUCAGGCCUGUUCAAGCUGACACCUGGGAGGAGGAAGAAAUGACUUACGAGCAAACCUUAGAAUUUCGCAGAGGGGGUGACGGUCAACCCAGGCGCUCAACACGACCCACUCAACAGUUUUAUCAACCACCAAGAGCUAGAAACUGAUCAAAGAUAUUCAUUGUGGCGAGAUCGUUCUCCAUUUCUUCACGCCCGAAGGAGAAUGUUUUCGAAAGACCCAGACGGGGAGUAUAAAAAUCUACCCACCACAGACUUUUUUUUAAGUUAAUGCUGUGACGCUAAACUUUUUACAUAUGAAAAAAACAACAACAACUUGUUAAUAGUGACAUCAAUAAAAGCCACCAUGC